UAAGAUGGCCGGCCGCAGCGUGCCCCAGAUCUACCGGCGAGUGCUCAAGCUCGCGCAGCGCUUCCCGAGCAUCAAGAAGGACCAGCUCGUCGCAGACAUCAAGGCCGAGUUCCAUGAGAACGCGAGCCUCACGGACGCGGCCAAGAUCCAGGAAAAGAUCGCGAUCGCGGUCAAGGGCAUCGAGCAGCUCGGGCAGUACGUGCAUCUGGACCCGACCGCCCACAGCUGGACGGUCGAGAUGGAGAAGGACCCGUUCGGGCAGAACCAGCCGCGGCCCGCAGACGUCCGCGUCGUCACGCCGCCCAAGCAAAGCGAGCCCUAACGUGCUUGAAUCGCAAA